CAAGUCCCACGCGGCUUCACAAAUGCGACAGUGACGAGUUGCAAAUAGUGCUUUUAGAGAAAAUAUAUUAAAGGCUUUGAGAAGGUUCAAUCAUGGAACAGAAUGAAUCCCCGAAUCGUGGAAAGUGGAAAAAUAAGACUGAAUCCAUCCUGUCGUGUGUGGGUUAUGCUGUUGGUUUCGGGAAUGUGUGGAGGUUUCCUUAUUUAGCAUACAAGAACGGAGGUGGUGCAUUUUUGGUACCUUACCUGAUUAUGCUGUUCUUAUGUGGAAUCCCACUAUUUUUCAUGGAAUCUGCUAUGGGGCAGUUUUCCAGCACCGGAUGUAUAACUGUAUUCAAGAUAUGCCCCUUGUUCAAAGGUGCUGGAUAUGCAAUAGUUGUACUAAACGCGAUUUCAAGCACAUAUUGCAACAUAGUCAAUACUUACCCCUUAAUGUUUCUGACGUACGCUUUUAAAGAUCCCUUGCCAUGGUCUGCGUGUGGCAACCCAUGGAACACCAAGGAUUGCAGAGAGUUAAAAGUGGAUGGUCCCAUGACUCAAACAAAUGACAGUUCCGAUCGAAGCAUGAAUAAAACUCUAGUGAAAACACCGGCAGAUGAGUUCUUCCAUUUGGAAAUACUGAAGAUGUCUUCAGGGAUCGAAGAAACAGGAUCCAUUGAUCCUUUCCUUCUCUCGUGCAACAUAUUCGCUUGGUUGAUAGUAUUCCUGUGCAUCAUGAAAGGAAUAAAAUCAGUUGGCAAGGUGGUAUACUUCACAGCUUUGUUUCCGUUUGUGGUUCUGUUCUGUUUGCUCAUCAGAGGACUUACUUUGCCUGGCGCCUGGGACGGAGUCUACUUUUACAUUUGGCCCAAAUGGGACCAGCUAACAGACUUGAAGGUUUGGGCAGCUGCUGCAAUACAAAUAUUCUUUUCCUUAGGACCAGGCUGGGGAGGACUUGUCAAUAUUUUUAGCUAUAAUGACUUCAAAAACAACUGUAAGCUAGAUUCCAUUGUAGUACCUUUAGUGAACUGUGGCACUUCCAUCCUGGCAGGUUUCGUAGUCUUUUCUGUGAUUGGCUUCAUGGCCCACGAAACUGGCAUGCCGAUAUCGAGAGUGGCCACAGAAGGGCCAGGAUUGGCCUUCAUAACAUAUCCAGCAGCCAUCAGUUUGAUGCCCUGGCCUAACCUGUGGGCGAUACUUUUCUUUUUCAUGUUGUACAAUAUAGGAUUGGACACCUUGUUUGUGUUUGUAGAAACAUCAGUGUGCGCUAUCGUGGACGAUUUCCCCUAUUUGAGAAAAUUUCAAUUUUACGUGACACUUGGCGCAGUCUUACUUGUAGCAUCUUUUUCUGUGCUUUAUUGCACAAAUGCCGGCAUGUACUGGUUACAACUUUUCGAUUGGUACGUCUCCUCGAUGGCUGUGGCCCUCAUCUGUCUGUCAGAGGUUAUUAUAAUUGGAUGGAUAUAUGGAGUCAAAAGGUUCGCCAAAGAUGUGGAAUUCAUGACAGGAGAAAAGAUAUCCUGGUAUUGGAUUCUUUCUUGGAAAAUAAUCACUCCAGCCUGUCUCACGUUUAUAUUGGCGACAGUCAUUGCCUUCAACGCGAGAGUAUCGUAUAUGGGUCACGAAUUUCCGGAAUGGGCAAUCCAAAUCGGUUGGGUAUCAUGCUCUGUAUCUAUCCUAUGCAUUCCAUUGUACAUGGUCUACAGACUGUUAUUCAUAGAAAAAGGCGAUUUGAUUCAGAGAGUAAAACGCAGUUUGACACCGCUACCUAGUUGGGGUCCAUCGAAACCACAAGACAGAUCAAAAUGGUCACAUAAGACGCUGGGAUGCGAUGUCGAAGAUCCAUCUCAACAAAAACUUGUAACCUUACGUGAUAACGAAGACAAUAAAUAGUUUUAACAAAA